UAAUGGGAAUUAUCAAAAUUUUACACUUCCGUUCAAUAUGUACAGGGAUCAGUUUCAAAAACCGAUUAACCGAACAAACCGAACAAUUGGUAAAAUCUACUCCAGUUAAAAAAUCCACUGUUGAUCUCACAUCGGUGGAUCUUCAUUCUAGAUUAAAUAACAAAUGGUGGGAUGUAAACGGUGAAAUGCGUGCGUUGCACGCGUUGAAUCCUCUUAGAGUACAAUUUGUACGAGAUGGUUUAGCAAAUACAGGUGUCAGAGCAGAAUGUCCUUAUUUACCAUUAAAAGGGAUCAAAGUCUUGGAUGUUGGUUGUGGUGGAGGAUUACUAUCAGAACCAUUGGCUAGAAUAGGAGCGAAAGUAACUGGAAUUGAUGCUUCUUCAGAUUUAAUAACAACAGCACAAGAACAUGCUAUUUUGGAUCCCAAUUUAGAUGGAAAGUUAAAUUAUAUUCAAACAGUUAUUGAAGAUUUUGCUCCAAAUAAUAAAGAAACAUAUAAUGCUGUGGUAGCCUCGGAAGUUAUAGAGCAUGUGAAUAACAAAGACUUGUUUUUAAAAUGUUGUAUAAACACAUUAAAGCCUGGUGGUUCAAUAUUUCUAACAACAUUGAACAAAACUUUGCCUUCUUGGCUUGGAGGUAUCAUUGCAGCUGAACAUGUUUUGAAAUUAGUACCAAAAGGCACUCAUGAUUGGAAUAAAUUUAUUACUCCACCUGAAAUUCAGUAUCUGCUAGAAUCAUGUGGUUGUAAAACGAAAUUAAUUCAUGGAAUGUUUUAUAACCUUUUGAAAAACGAAUGGUUUUGGAUGACAUCAACGGCGAUAAAUUAUGCAGUUCAUGCAGUGAAAAAGAAAAAACAGUAAUAUAGUCACGUUUCGCAGAUCAAUUCAUUUUGUAACAUUGUA